AUGCUGCUCCCUACAAUUUUCGCUCAUCCUCAACCGCUGGGUAAAGAAAAGGGUGGAGAUGUAGAAUGCGAGAACCCUUACAAAGACGAGGAAAUAUUCAGUGCUCUUGCGGGCACGUAUUCGCUCAUUAAUAGCACAGACUUCCGAGAUGGCAAACUGAUCCCGAACAAAGGUACUCCAUACGGCGAAAAUCCAGUUGGCAUCAUCACAUACAGCUCUUCAGGCUGGAUGUCGGCGACCAUAACAGCAACGGAACCGGAAGUGCGUCCCAAUUUGACGUUUCCUUUUCAGCCAAACGAUAGCGAUGCAGAUUGGGCACUAGUCGGCAAGCAUAGUAUUGGAUAUGCAGGACCGUAUCAAGUCAGUCGUGACCUUCCAUGUCCAAACACUACCUACGGGCAGCUUUUCCAUGGACCUUUGGCUGUGGCGAAUGUGCCGAGCUGGCAGGGAACACUACAGAGGAGGAAUUACUCCGUGCAUCACACGAUCGAAGGCAAGCUGCUGAGGAUUGGCACGGAUCGUGGUGGGGGGAAUACUGGAGAGUUGUGGUGGAGAAAGGUGGAUUGA